AUGCCGAGAGCCCGGGGUCAUCGGCGUGCUCAGGCCGCGAGACGCAGGCUGGCGCAGCCCCAGGACUGGAGUCCUGCACCUGCUGUUCCGGAGUUUGUGGCCCGGCGUGGCACAGGCUUUCGGCACCGUGUGCGGAGAUGGCCAACUUCUGUCCUGACCGGGAAGUCCCGCAAGUUGGUCACUCCUGCCCGGGAUCCGGAGAAGAAGAUGGUGUUCGUCGUUGGAGACUCGCACCUGAGGGCCAUGGUGGACGGGUAUGUAGCUGUGCCCGAGGGACCUCUGUGCUUCUCCUAUCUGUGUGUUCCAGGUGCAGUGGGCUCCCAGCUGAGGACGGAGCUCCUGCAUGCUGACCUGCCCUGGACCCCAGAUGCUGUGUGUGUGUGCGCCCCCAGCAACGACCUUGUGUCCCGGACUGUGGACAGUGCAGGUCUCGACUUCAGUGCUCUUCUGACCACGGCCUGCAGCUUCUGGCCCAAGGUGUUCGUGCUGGACUUCCCUCCACGCCUGAACAUUGAGCCUGGCCUUCAGGAGCUGCUGCGUCAGGAAUACCAUCGUGUCGCAGCACGUAUGGGUGUCCCGUACGUGUCUGUGGCAGAGCACUUUCCCCUGCACCGGUUGGAGCUGUGGUGCCCUGACCAGGUGCACUUGAGUGACUCGCAUGGGAUGGAGGUUUUGGUCCAGCUGCUGUGGGAGGCUGCUUUCCAGCAGCUGGUGCCUCCUCCAUCCCAGGCACCGGUGCGUCCCCCUGCGCCAAAGCGUGCCAGGGUUGCUCCCAGGCUGGUGGUGACGGGACACGUCCCCGUGCCCCGUCACAGGAACCCCUGGGAGUGGAGUGUGGUUGGACAGGGGGGCAAGGCUGCACGCCCGGCGGAGGGAUCCUCUGCGAUCCCUCCCAACCCGGUGUGGUUCCGGGGGCCCAUGUUGGACGCCAUGGAGAAGGUGUCCCCUUCUUCUGGCUCUGACGGCGGCCCCGCUGUCCCGCCAGCUGGCCAGACCUCCCGUGUGGUGCGUCGGCCAGCAGGUGUUGGCAGGAGGCACAGAGGGGGAAGGCAGAAGGUGUUGGCAACUCCUUCACCUGCUUGUGAGCCCAUGUCUGCUUCUUGCCCCAGCCCACCAGUCCCCCAGGUGGAAGCACCAACCCAGGAGGUGGUGGAGGAGGUGUUGCCCCCGACUGCAGGCCCGGUUCCAGCGGCGGUCGGGGAGGAGGUUCCUGCAGUGUGCCCUGCUGUGCCGAUGGAGCGACGCCUCAUCCCCGAAGCUAAGUGUGCCGUUCUUGAGAGUUCCGGGUCAGGCCAGUCAGGUGUUGGUGUGAGCGCAGCGAGGCCAGCAGCAGUGGUUGAUGUCAGGACUGGGAUCAGGCUUCUGAAGGCUGUGCAGGGAUCCUUCCAUCAGGGCAGCUCGAGGUUUAUCGAUGGUGGGCAGCAGUGCAUGGCAAUCGCGGGGUUGAGCUUAGCCAGACACACUUUGAACAGUGUGUUCUCGUGGGGGAGGCAGGAGCUUGAUGAUGCUUUGGUUUUGGGUGAUUCUUUGUACAAGUGGGUCAUGAGCCGCCCUGGCUUCAAGCCUUGGUCAUCUUAUCUGUCUGCAACUGACCUGCCAGAUCAGAUCAAGGUGGAUGGUCAGGUGCUGAAAUUUACUAUUGGCUUCACUGCAACAGGUUGUAUGCACAUGUCUGAAGGUGAUUACACAUCUAAAGGUGCCCGCGUUGAUAACAGUGUUUUGUACACUCUGCCGGACGGCCUAGAGAAGGUCUUUGUUGAACAUGGACACAGUGCGUGUCUGCUUACAAUGUGUUCCAACACGUCUGCCAUCAUCCGCGAAAACGGACGGUUUGCUGUGGUGGACAGCCAUCCACGGAGUGGUGUUGGCUUGUUUGACUCCAGAGGCAGCAGCGUGCUUCUGCAGUUUGCAAAUGUUCAGGACCUGCAACACUACAUCUCUCAGUUGUUUGACAGCCUCAGUUCAGAGUCAGGCGAGCCGUACUUUGAGCUGUGUGGUAUUGAUAUUGGUGGGGGUGCAGGUCCACCCCUGUCUGUUGGUCCUCUGGAGAGUCACGUCGCUGAGAUGAGUUCUGCUCCAGCACCAGAGUCCCCUGAGGCAACUGAGAGCAGAACACCGGCUGAGGCUCCUGCAGGCUCUUGUGUGUCUGAGAGUGAUGUUGGUGUUGCUGCCAGUCCAGCACUGUCUGACGUUUCUGUAGAGAGUCACGUCACUGUGAUGAGUUCUUCUCCACCACCACAGUCCCCUGAGAUCACUGAGUCCAGGACUGUGGCUGAGGCUACUGCAGACACUUGUGUGUCUGAGAGUGGUGUUACUGCCAGUCCAGCACUGUGUGAAGUUUCUGUGGAGAGUCACGUCACUGAGAUGAGUUCUGCUCCAGCACCGGAGUCCCCUGAGGCGACUGAGAGCAGAACACCGGCUGAGGCUCCUGCAGACAGUUGUGUGUCUGAGAAUGGUGCUGGUGUUGCUGCCAGUCCGGCGGUGUCUGGAGUUUCUGUUCAGACUGUUGCCAGUGUUGUGAGCAGUGGUUCAACUGCAGAAACAACUGUUACUGAUGGCAGGAGGCGUAGAACUUCUCGUUACACUCGUUUGUUAAAGAAAUCAAAGCGCUACGAUGCUCCUGAGCUCAACGCUGAUGUGGAGUUUGUAGCUGCUGUGAGGACCGAGGAGCUGGUCUUCUGUCCUGUUGAUGUUGAUGUUUGUCGGACUUUGUGUAGCAGGUUUGAUGUCGACUUUGAGCGGGUCAGUGCUUCUGCGUCUAGCCAGGGUGGUUCACUGGGUGUUCCUUGCAGGAAGGAGAAGGUAGUGGCUGAUGGGAACUGCUUCUUCAGAGCCAUCUCUCAGGCUGUGAGUGGCUCUCAGAAGCACCACCGUAAGAUCAGACUGGCUGUCUGUAAACAGCUGGAGAAAGAGGCAGCUCAGUACCAGAGCUUGUUGAGAUCUGAGUUCUCCUCUGUCUCCCAGUACAUUCAGCAGUCUAGGAUGAGGUUUGUGGGUAGUUGGGCAACGGAGGUGGAAAUUCAGGUUACAGCUGACUGGUUAGGAGUUGGUGUAUGUACAUUCACCAAUGGACGCUGGUUGAAGUACCGUUGUAGCAGGAAUCAGUUGUCGCCGCAGUGUAUUUAUUUGGAGAAUAUUGGUGGGAUUCAUUUUGAGAAUGUUGUCUGUGUUUGUGAGCCUGGACUGGAGAGUUGUUAUGGGUACUGUAAAGUAAGUGAGGUGACUGGUUACAGCAUGAGGUCAAGGAUGGUGGAGGCUGUAGUUUUGGACACUAACAGAGCAGGAGAUGACAGUGAACACAGAGAGAGGAUCAAAAAGGAUAGUAUUAUCAAGUACGAAACAGACCCACAGCAUCGGCAGAAGGUGAGAGAAAGUAGUAUUAUCAAGUACAAAUCAGACCCGCAGCAUAGGCAGAAGGUGAGAGAAAGUAGUAUUAUCAAGUACAAAUCAGACCCGCAGCAUAGGCAGAAGAUGAGAGAAAGUAGUAUUAUCAAGUACAAAUCAGACCCGCAGCAUAGGCAGAAGGUGAGAGAAAGUAGUAUUAUCAAGUACAAAUCAGACCCGCAGCAUAGGCAGAAGAUGAGAGAAAGUAGUGUGAUAAAAUACAGAACAGACCCGCAGCAUAGGCAGAACACUAAAUCCAUUAGCAGAAAAAAGUACAGUGGCAGUCUUGAACACAGGCAGCAAGUAAUUGCUCGUGUACAGUUGAGUAGGAAGCAGAUAAAGGACAAAUCUCAGGAUUUUGGGUUUGUUAUGGAUCAGUUUGUAGAGAAGGUCAGAGAUGGUCCAGAUUUUGUUUGUUGCGUUUGCCAUCGGUUGUUGUUCAGGCAUCAGGUGCUGAGUUGUCAGAGGGAAGCUUAUAGUUCCAGGUCAGAAUCGGCUCGUGUAGCGGACAGGUGCAUCAGUGACGAUUAUUUGCAUUGUUGUAGUGAGGAGUGUGCUGAGCCCUGUCAGCUGGUUCCUUCCAGAGGACACCUUUGGAUUUGCUACACCUGCCAUUCUAAGAUCAGUAAAGGUGAGAUUCCAGCUGAGUGCUGGAUCAAUGACCUGCAGCUUGAUCCCAUUCCACCUGAACUGGGAUGCUUGCAUAGUUUAGAGCAGCACCUGAUCGCGUUGCAUAUUCCGUUCAUGAAGAUGUUGGCACUGCCUAAAGGAGGGCAGAAUGGAGUACAUGGACCAGUCACAUGUGUUCCAGCCAACAUUGUUCAGACCACCAACGUGUUGCCACGGUCAAGUAUGGAAGGUUCUCUGUUACAGGUCAAGCUGAAGAGGAAGUUGACCUACAAGGGACACUAUGAAUACCAGUUUGUGGAUACUCUACGUGUCAGGCAGGCGCUAGACUAUUUAAAGAGAACUAAUGUUUAUUAUAAAGACAUUGAGUUCAAUGAGGACUGGGUCAAUGAGUUUAACAGGCAGGAAGAUGAGGAACAGGAAGAGGAUGAGUCGGGCAGUGAGGAUGAGGCAGAGGAAUCAGCAGACAUAAUUCAAGAUGAAAUGUUACAUGACAGACAGCAACACUGCAUGUUUCAGGACACUUGUCUUAUGCCUGUUGAUAUUGGUCAGGAAGCUCUAGACCAGUAUUUUGAGGACAUAGUCAAUGUAGCGCCUGCAGAGGGGAACAGUCCAGUCCGGAUGCUUUCUGAUAAUUCAAACGAAGCUAAGUGUUUCCCCGUGUUGUUUCCUUUAGGACAGAAGACUUUCCAUCAUGAGCGGAAUCAUGCUUUGACAUUGUCACGUUAUUUUAAUAACCGGAUCAUGCACGCCGAUGGCCGUUUUUCGCAGAAUGUUGAAUAUAUCUUUUUUGCUCAGUUCAUGUCUGAGAUGGACAGGGUGGUGUCCAGUGUUUCUGUUGCAUUGCGUAAGGGAAAAGGUGAUCAGGGCUCUGCACAGAUUAGCCAGAGUAUGUUGCAGGACGAGGAGUCUCUGAAGCAGCUGCUACAGUUUGACGAGGGUUUCCGAUUCCUGAAGCCUAUUAGAGGGACUCCUGCGUUCUGGCAGUCUGUGCAGAAGGACAUCUUUGCCUGUGUCCGUCAGUUAGGCAUCCCGACGUGGUUCUGUUCGUUCUCGUCUGCAGAUCUGCGCUGGCAGAACCUUCUGACCAGCAUCCUGAAACAGGAAGGCAGAGUGCAGACGGUGGAGGAUUUGGAGUGGGCAGACAGGUGUGAGUUGUUGCGGCGUAAUCCGGUGACUGCGGCCAGGAUGUUUGAUUACAGGUGGCAUUGUUUUCUGAAAGAGGUUCUCAUGUCUCCUUCUGAGCCAAUUGGCAGAAUCAUCGAUCACUUCUACCGUGUUGAGUUUCAGCAGCGCGGUUCUCCUCAUGUUCACUGCUUGUUCUGGAUCGAGGGCGCUCCUAAAAUUGACCAGAACACAGAUGAGGAGGUGGUCGAGUUUAUUGAUCAGUAUGUGACGUGUGAGCUGCCCUCAGACGACGACACAUUAUUGGACAUUGUGUCGUCAGUUCAAACACAUUCCAAACGACACUCAAAGUCUUGUCGGAAGAACAAGACGACGUGUCGUUUCCAUUUCCCAAAACCUGCUUCUACGCGUACAUUCCUUUGUAAGACGAAGGAAUGUCGCUGUGACAAACAGAAGCUGAAGGAGGCCCAGAAGAAUCCUGAUUCAGAAAACAAGCUGGUCUGUAAGUGCUUUGAGAAGGAUAACCCGAUGAAGAAGGAGGUUGCAAAGGAGAUUUUGGCGUCUGUGAGCAAAGCUAUCAGGGAGGAGGAGCCGUUUGAUAGUGUAGAGGAGUUGUUUGCCAGUCGACACAUCAACCAGGAUAUCUUUGAAACGGCCUACAGGAGGUUAGAGAAGAAGACCAAGGUUGUGUAUAGGAGAGGGUUGAAGGAGGUGUGGGUAAACCAGUAUAGCAAGAAGUUGCUGAAGUGCUGGAACGCUAACAUGGACCUUAGCUUUGUCACCGACGCCUACGCUGUAAUUGUUUACAUCAUUUCGUAUAUUACGAAAGCAGAGAGAGAAAUUGGCCUACUAUUGAACAACGCCCAAAAAGAAGCAUCCAAAGAAGGAAACCUCUCUGCUCGAGAAGCCCUGAAGAAGCUGGGCAGUGUAUAUUUACACAACAGGGACGUUUGUGCCCAGGAGGCGGUGUAUAGGCUAACCAACAUGCACCUGAAGGAGUGUUCCAGGAAGGUGGUGUUUGUUCCAACAGGGGACAACAUCGUGAGGAUGAGUUUACCCCUCCAUGUCCUGAAGGAGAGGGCGUCAUCACAUGAUCUGAGCUCAGAUGACAUGUGGAUGACCAGCAUAGUGGACAGGUACAGGAACAGGCCUGAUGGUGGUGUGUUUGACAACAUGUGUAUUGCCACGUUUGCCUCGGAGUAUCGUGUUCUCACCAGGAAUGAAAUUUCACCAAACAGAAUCGAGUUGAAGAACAAACUGGGCUUCAUCUUGAGGAGAACACGGUCUCAGUUUGCAGUUGUCCGCUACAUGCGCUUCAAUUUGGACAAACAACGAGAGGCUUAUUUUCAGGGUGUGCUUCAGUUGUUCCUUCCUUAUAGAAGUGACUCAGAGCUGAAGCCCGAGGGCUUCCAGCUCUUUGAACAGUUCUAUAACGACGGUGAGGUGACGUUUGGCGACGGCUCCGUUCAUAAAGUCAAGGUGGUGGUGGAUGAGAACAGGGCCCAGUUUGAGAUCGAUCCUGAGAACCUGGAGCGUGCUGAGGAGAUCGCUCACCAUGUCCACGGCCUUGAGGAAGACGCUUGGGGGGACCUGUGUCCUGAACAGGAACUGGAACGCGACGAGUGUGGUGAAGAGUUGAGAGAGCAACAGGCAACAGAGAUAGCAGAUGAGCAGUUGGUGGAGGGUCUGGAGAACGUUCCAGAUCUGCAGGAACGUGGCCGACAGGUGGCCCAGUUAGAGAGAAACAGGCUGGUGUUGUCUCGUGCUGAGGGCUUAGCUCUAGUUAGGUCUCUGAAUGAGACACAGCAGGCUGUUUUCUACCAGGUGAGGCAGUGGUGUCUUCAGAAGGUGAGGGGUGAAAACCCACCGCCUCUGCAUGUCUUUCUGACUGGGGGGGCGGGGUCGGGGAAAACGCAUUUAAUUAGGGCCAUCCAGUACGAGGCAGGGAGGCUGCUGUCAACACUUUGUGAUCAACCAGACGAGAUCUGUGUUUUGUUAACAGCUCCAACAGGAAUAGCUGCGUACAAUUUAAACGCAGCAACAAUUCACCACACAUUGAGCAUCGGCAAACAGUGUAGUUUACCUUACAUCCCUCUGGGUGAAGAUAAACUAAACUCUCUGCGAGCUAAAUUCUGUCACCUCCAAAUUCUAGUGAUUGAUGAGAUCAGUAUGGUGGAUCACCUUCUGUUGGCGUAUGUCCAUGGCCGCUUGAGGCAGAUCAAGCAGACUGGAGACUUUUCCCCGUUCGGUAACGUCAGUGUGAUUGCUGUGGGAGACUUUUAUCAGUUGCCUCCUGUUAAAGGGAAGCCUCUGUACAGCAGUCAGGUGGGUGUGGACCUGUGGUGCCACUUCAGUGUGGUGCAGCUGACCACAGUGGUGAGGCAGAAGGACAGCGUGUUUGCCGAGUUGCUCAACAGGUUGAGAGUGCGUUCCAGAGACACCCCCAUGUUAGAGAGUGACGUCCACAUCCUGAAGAGCUGUGAGACGGGCGAGGAGAGCUCAGCCUUGCACAUUUUCCCCACCAACCGUAAAGUGAAUGAGCACAACUUGAAGCAGCUGUGUCGGACGUGUCCCGAUCCUGUGACCAUUGAAGCUCAGGACUUCAUGAACAACAGGAGCACGGGGAAGCUGGAGUUGAUGGCGGGGCAUCACAGUGCGGCGUUGGACACAUCAUUAGAGGAGACUCUGAGUCUGGGUCCGGAUGCCCGUGUGAUGCUGUGUAAGAACGUGGACGUGGAAGAUGGUCUGGUCAACGGAGCAUGUGGCACAGUCACUCAUAUCCAGUUGAGACAGGGUGACAGCUUUCCUCAGGCAGUUUAUGUCAAAUUUGACGAUGAGAAAAUUGGCUCCCAGAGGAGGAAGAAGCGCUCACAUGCUGCAGUGACCUGCCGGCUCUCUACUGCCAUCGAUCCGGUGGAGGAGAAGGCCACCAAGCGUGGAGGUUUGCGUCGUCAGUUCCCUCUGAAGUUGGCCUGGGCGUGUACCGUCCAUAAGGUGCAGGGCCUGACGGUGGACCGGGCCGUGGUGUGUUUGGAGAAGGUGUUUGCACCUGGCCAGGCCUACGUAGCUCUGAGUCGUGUGAGGGAUUUGUCUGGACUGAUCAUCAUGAACUUCAAAGAGAAGUCCAUUUACUGCAAGGACACCAUCAAGGAGGCCUUGGACAGGAUGCCUCCAUUUUUGAUUGAGCAGCCACGACCUUCAUUAGACACGCCCACUCUGUCGGUGUAUCUAAUGAACGUUCAAAACUUAAGUCGCCACCUGGUGGAUUUGGUGUCCUGCACACAGCAUUUGCAGCCUACCUGCAUUGCUGUCACAGAGACGUGGCUCACUACACAUUCCUCACUGGACGGCGUCCAGAUUGACGGCUACUCUUUCCACAGCCGCCCUCGUGCUCUGUGUUACAGCAGCAGUCAGCCCAAACUGUUAGAGCUGCAGGCUUUAGAACAUGGUGGAGUUGGUUUGUACACGCUAGCAGAUUCGGACUGUGACAUCCUGCAGGCACCCGAUUUGGAUCUGGAGUGUUUGGUGUGCCUGUGGAACAAAUUCAACAUAGUGAUGGCAGUAAUUUAUCGUCCACCACGUUACCCAAAUUCCCUCUUCAAGCAGAACCUGCAGCGGUUGCUGCGUUGGCUUAAUCCAAUCAGUGACACCAUUGUAGUCAUGGGAGAUUUUAAUGAGAACAUUUUAACAGGGUCAUCAAUUUGCAAAUUAAUGGGAAGCAAAGGAUUUGAUCAGCUGGUGACACAAGCGAGCACAGAGAAGGGGACUCUGAUUGAUCACGUUUAUGUGAGAAGCAGACAGUUUGCUGUGGAAUGCGCAGUGAUGCCCACGUACUUCAGUGAUCAUGAAGGAAUUCUGUGUAGUUUCAGAGCUGGAGGUGACCAGGGGCAGCUGGAGGAGCUGGACAGGUGGUUUGAGGUGGAUGAUGUGGAGUUUGAGGAUAUUGAGGGGAUGUUUGAGGACGACUUGGACUGA